AAAUGUCCAAUCAAUACAAACAAUACAAAUCACGUUAAGUUUAUAACAAUAUUACAAAAUUCAUGAGCAGUACAGAAUAGACACGAAAUUAUACGUAUUCAUGUUUUGAAAAAUUAUGAGUGAUUAAUUCCGGUGAUAGAGUAAAUUUUUUAUAUUAAAUAAAGAAAAUUAAAAUAAAAAAAUAUGGCUUUAGAUUUGGUUAGCAUCGCACAACCACAUUAUAUACCAGGAUACACUGGUCACUGUCCUGAAUAUAAAUAUCGAAUAGGUGACACUUAUGGAUCCACAACGCACAAGAUACUUUUGGAUCCUAGCGUUAACCAUUCAGAGAGGCUUGUAUUAUCAGACAGGACAGCGGAUGACUAUCAGAGGAAUGUUUAUGCGAUAGGUUUCUUGCCGCGGUUGAACGCGCAUUUCGGCCAGCGGUAUACGGUGGCGGCCACGGAAGCCCUGUCCGAGUUCGAAAGGACACAGCUAAACCAACGAGCGGCUAGGAAUCAGCUUGAAAGGGUUGUCGAUUUGCAGGCAGGGAAAGGACAGCCCUGGGAUUUAGCUGACAGAUUUCAUUCCUCGUUCGUACGCAACCAAAUAUGGGGAUAUAACCCCGCUGACUCCGUGCGUUUUACUGGCCAUGUGCCGUAUGGUUUUCAACGAUUUGGCGAAUCAUCAAAAAGACUUACCAAUUCGGCGCUUUGUGAUUUCUCUUCUAACUACAGAAGGAGACAAAGUACCGAAUGGGCACCUGUUAAUGUUGUCAAACCCGACCCUCCCCUAUCGAUCAAUCCUACUGAAAUCUACCACAAGCACGUCGGUAUGUUGCCAAACUACGCAGGACAUGUGCCCGGCUGUAUUUUCAGAUUUGGUAAAACAUAUGGCAAUGACACGCGAGACGCGAAGCGAUGGUUGCGCGGGGAUUUUAAACCGUGAAAAUGUCGCUUAUGUAAUAUUUUUAGCAUUUUUACCAACUUUUUUGAUAAGAUCCUUUUUAUUUCGUACAAUUUUAAUAUUGAUUUUUUUGGAAAACCAAUUCGGCUACAAGUGUUGGAUAAUGAAAUAACAAGGAUCUGUUUUUUUGUCAUUUUUAUGACAAAUAUAAAUGUAACUGAUUUUUAUAA